AUGGCAUCGUCAACGGGGGUCGACGUUGCCCGUCCAGCUUACUACCCGGCCGACGACGAGAAGGCCGAGGUGGGGAGGGCCCAAUCUGACUCUAUCAGGUCCACGGGCCACGGCGACCAAACUGCUCGGAAGCUCAAGUCUCGUCAUAUCCAGCUCAUUGGUAUUGGAGGUACCAUUGGUACGGCACUUUAUGUCCAGAUCGGCAGGGGAUUGUUAAAUGGUGGGCCAGCGUCGUUAUUCCUGGCUUUUACGAUAUGGUGCUCGUUCAUUCUAUGUGUCACAAUGUGUAUGGCUGAGAUGGUGACAUACCUUCCGAUCUCCAGCCCGUUCAUCCGCUUUGCUGGUCGUUACGUCGAUGAAGCAUUUGGCUUUGCUGCUGGGUGGAACUUCUUUGUGUUCGAAGCCGCUCUGGUGCCUUUUGAAAUCACGGCGUGUAAUGUGAUCAUCCACUACUGGAGUGAUGUCGUACCUGCUGGCGGAAUAAUAGCAAUCGUCAUCGUUCUGUAUGGGCUCAUCAACCUGCUGGCCGUGCAGUGGUAUGGCGAGAGCGAAUUCUGGGCCGCGCUGGGAAAAGUGAUCUUGAUCAUCGCCCUGAUUCUAUUCACGUUCAUCACAAUGCUGGGCGGCAAUCCGCUCGGUGAGAGGUUCGGCUUCAAGUACUGGCAGAAUCCUGGCGCCUUUGCCGAGCUCUACCGCACGGGAGACCUGGGCAGGUUUCUUGGUUUCCUACAGUGCCUCAUACAGGCCUCAUUCACUGUAGCAGGACCAGACUAUGUUUCCAUGGCAGCAGGCGAAGCUGAGAACCCUAGGGUGGUCAUGCCCCGGGCAUUCAACGCCGUGUUCUACCGUCUAACUUGCUUCUUUGUCCUGGGCUCUUUGGCCGUGGGCAUCCUUGUUCCAUACACCGACGAAGAGCUUGCAACAGCGUUCAGCUCCGGCGCGCCGGGUGCUGCGGCUUCUCCUUAUGUGGUGGCGAUGAACAGGCUGAAGAUCACCGUUCUUCCAGACAUCGUGAACGCCAUGGUCCUCACGGCAGCAUUCAGCGCUGGGAACAGCUAUGUCUACUGCGCCUCGCGGUCUCUCUAUGGCCUGGCCCUCGAGGGCAAGGCGCCAAAGAUCUUCUUGAAGUGCACCCGAAAGGGCGUGCCGGUCUACUGUGUGGGACUGGUCCUACUCAUCUCGUUGCUGUCCUUCCUUCAGGUCUCCAACAAUGCUGCCGUCGUCCUCUCCUGGUUCGUCUCCCUCGUGACAGCGAGCCAGCUCAUUAACUUCAGCGUCAUGUGCUACACCUACAUCAGAUUCCUCAAGGCUCUGAAGGCGCAGGGCAUGUCAAGGGAUAGCCUUCCGUACAAGGGCCCACUGCCGCAGCCGUUUGCCGCAUGGUAUGGUCUUGUUGGCUGUUUCAUCAUGACAUUUGUGGGAGGUUAUACUGUGUUUUUGCCGGGUUCGUGGGACGUGCCGACUUUCCUAUUCUCCUACACCAUGAUUGCGGUUUGCCCUCUGCUAUUUAUUGCUUGGAAGCUGUUGAAGCGGUCCAAGUUCUAUAAGCCAGAAGAGGUCGACUUGGUCAAGAACCUGGACGAGAUCGAGGAGUAUGAGGCGAGUUUCGUAGCGCGGCCUGCAAAGAACGCAUUUGAGAGAGCGCUGGAUUUUCUCUUCGGAUAA